AGGAGGAGCCAGAGGAGGUGUCUGCUGCAAGUUCCUGGCUGCUUCUGAGCUCACCCCAUCCUCCGAGAGGGAGGAGGCCAAGUGGUGAUGCUGCUGCUUCUGCCUCCUCGACUGCUGAUACUCUAGUGGAGCUGGAAGGGUGGUUCCUAUUCGCACCAUCGCCAACCAGAGAGGGAGGGAAAAAAAUCCCAGCAGCCGCUGCUGAUGUUGGGUUCGGAGGCUGCAUCCGACUCGGUCACAAGGAAAAUGGAUUCAGUUUGCAUCUCUCCCUCCUUUCAACAGCUUCUCCGGGUCUCAGCACGGGCUUCCAGGGCAGCAGCUGAGGAGACCCUACCAAGGAGCACCACGCAGUAAAUGCUGAAACAUCGCACUCCGGGAUAAGAAGCAGUAACAUGGCAGCACCUGUUUGAAAGGAAUUAAAAACCAACAGACUCCAUUUAGAAAGGAACAAUGUCCAAGAAAGGGCGAAAUAAGGGCGAGAAGCCCGAGGCGCUCAUUGUCGCCCUUCAAGCUGCCAACGAAGAACUCAGGACCAAGCUCACCGACAUCCAGAUAGAGCUGCAUCAAGAGAAGUCCAAGGUAUCCAAGCUUGAAAGAGAGAAGACUCAAGAAGCAAAGAGGAUUCGUGAGCUGGAGCAGCGCAAGCACACAGUUCUGGUGACAGAACUCAGAGCCAAGCUCCACGAGGAGAAGAUGAAGGAGCUGCAGGCCGUGAGGGAGAAUCUCAUCAAGCAGCACGAGCAAGAAAUGUCAAGGACAGUGAAGGUGCGGGAUGGAGAGAUCCAGAGGCUCAAGUCAGCUCUGUGCGCUCUCCGGGACGGCAGCAGUGAUAAAGUAAGGACAGCGCUCACCAUUGAGGCCCGGGAGGAGGCCCGAAAACUGUUUGAUGCAGAGCGCCUUAAGCUCUUACAGGAAAUUACGGACCUGAAAACUGCCAAGAAGCAGGUGGACGAGGCUCUAAGCAAUAUGAUCCAAGCGGAUAAAAUCAAGGCUGGGGACCUUCGGAGUGAGCAUCAGUCCCAUCAGGAAGCCAUCUCGAAGAUCAAGUGGGAGUCAGAGCGGGAUAUUCGGAGGCUGAUGGAUGAAAUCAAAGCCAAGGACAGGAUCAUCUUUUCCCUGGAAAAGGAACUGGAGACCCAAACAGGUUAUGUACAGAAGCUCCAACUGCAGAAGGAAGCUUUGGAUGAACAACUCUUUCUGGUCAAGGAGGCAGAGUGUAACAUGAGCAGUCCCAAACGAGAAAUUCCAGGAAGAGCAGGAGAUGGCUCUGAACACUGCAGCAGUCCUGAUUUGAGAAGAAAUCAAAAGAGAAUAGCUGAAUUGAAUGCCACAAUAAGAAAACUAGAAGACAGGAAUACCUUGCUUGGAGAUGAACGAAAUGAAUUGUUAAAACGCGUGCGGGAAACUGAAAAACAAUGUAAACCUCUUCUGGAAAGGAACAAGUGCCUCGCCAAGAGAAAUGACGAACUGGUGGUGUCUUUGCAGCGCAUGGAAGAGAAACUGAAAGCCGUUACCAAGGAAAAUUCAGAAAUGAGAGAAAAGAUAACAUCCCAUCCACCCUUGAAGAAACUAAAAUCUCUGAAUGACCUCGAUCAAGCUAAUGAAGAACAAGAGACAGAGUUUCUAAAACUUCAGGUCAUUGAGCAGCAGAACAUCAUUGAUGAGCUCACAAGGGACCGAGAAAAGCUCAUCCGUAGGAGAAAGCAUAGAAGAAGUUCCAAGCCAAUUAAGAGGCCUGUUUUGGACCCAUUUAUUGGCUAUGAUGAGGACUCCAUGGAUUCAGAGACAUCGUCCAUGGCCUCAUUUAGAACAGACCGAACCCCGGCUACUCCUGACGAUGACUUGGAUGAAAGUUUGGCAGCUGAAGAAUCUGAGCUACGAUUUCGACAAUUAACAAAAGAAUACCAGGCCCUCCAGAGAGCAUAUGCCCUCCUACAGGAGCAGACUGGAGGCAUCCUCGAUGCUGAAAGAGAAGCCAAGGCUCAAGAACAGCUCCAAGCAGAGGUGCUAAGGUAUAAAGCCAAAAUUGAAGAUCUGGAAGCGACUCUGGCUCAGAAAGGGCAGGAUUCACACUGGGUAGAAGAUAAACAACUUUUCAUUAAGAGAAACCAGGAGCUUUUAGAAAAGAUAGAAAAACAGGAGGCAGAAAAUCACCGGUUACAACAGGAACUGCAGGAUGCCAGAGACCAGAAUGAGCUGCUGGAGUUUCGAAACCUAGAGCUAGAAGAAAGAGAGAGACGAUCCCCUCCAUUUAAUCUACAAAUUCACCCAUUCUCAGAUGGCGUGAGUGCACUACAGAUCUACUGUAUGAAAGAAGGUGUGAAGGAUGUGAACAUCCCUGAUCUCAUAAAACAGCUUGAUAUCUUAGGUGAUAAUGGGAAUUUGAGAAAUGAAGAACAAGUGGCCAUAAUUCAGGCCAGCACUGUGCUGUCCCUGGCAGAGAAGUGGAUCCAGCAAAUAGAGGGAGCAGAGGCUGCCCUGCAUCAGAAAAUGAUGGAAUUGGAAAGUGAUAUGGAACAAUUCUGCAAAAUCAAAGGCUAUCUGGAGGAAGAACUAGACUACAGGAAACAAGCUCUGGACCAAGCAUACAUGAGGAUCCAGGAACUAGAAGCUACUUUGUACAAUGCUCUGCAGCAAGAAACUGUUAUCAAGUUUGGUGAAUUAUUAAGUGAAAAACAGCAAGAGGAGUUGAGGACGGCAGUAGAAAAGUUACGGCGGCAGAUGCUGAGGAAGAGCAGAGAGUAUGACUGUCAGAUUCUUCAGGAGAGAAUGGAGCUCUUACAGCAAGCCCAUCAGAGAAUCCGUGACUUAGAAGAUAAAACAGACAUCCAGAAAAGACAAAUAAAAGACUUAGAAGAAAAGUUUCUGUUCCUGUUCUUGUUCUUUUCUCUUGCCUUUAUUCUAUGGCCUUGAUGUCAAGGUGCCUCUUAAAGGUGGAGCUUAUGGAAGGCAUUCCACAGAUGACAGAUGAGAAGUGGAUCACAGUGACCCCAACUAAACUGGCAACUAAGGCGAAGGACCCAGGCGAAUGUAACAUAAGAAAUAAAAGCAGAUUUGAUGCUUCUUUGGCCUUCUGUCACAUCUGUGUUCCUCCACAAGCAACAGACUGAUCUCAUUCAUAUUGAAAAUUAAGAAGAAGAUGCUCUAAGUCACAAGCUCCCUGACACAGUUCUGUUUAGAAUGCCAACGUCGCUAGGGAACAUGGGCCAGAGAGCAUCUCUGAAUCUUCCAAUUUCCAAAAUACUGGUUUUCAAGUGGCUGCUUAAAAUUGCCUGCAUAAAUAUAUGAUUUGAGUAAAAACACAAUAGAGGCAAUAAGUAAACUCUACCACCAGUUAAGUUUGCCACAGAGAUGUGAAUGUUACAACAAAAUGAUUUUUUUAUAAGUAUCCUGAUAUGCCUAGAGCAUUCUGACCUCUUAUCAUUUAGACUGAUAACAUUUUUUCCCAGAGAGCUGACAGCAACAAGAUAGCUCUACUUUUUUAUAUAGAAGUAACAUUAUGUUACUGAUAAGGUCAUUUUCUACCAGAGACAAUGAGAAGACUGGUACUUUUCCUAAGUUAUGUAAUACUGAGUCUUGGAUUCAGCUCUGAGAGCAAAUAAAUGUUCCUGAAAAGCUAAUUUUACACCUCAUUUACUGUAGAUGACAAAACAGCCUCAAUUUUUCAAAUUGUCAAGGUUUUAUUUACAGGGCUAGAAUUCCCAUGCAUAAAGAAUGUGUGUAGGGAGCCAGAAACACUUUCUAUGAAAUGAUACACAAAUCCUUCCUUACGUGGGUUCAGUAUCGCAUUCUUUGGUUUUAGCACUGGCAUUUUCAAAGCCAGAACAAUAACUGAAGAAUGUACAAGAAAAGCUGGAAUGCUGGGGUCCCACUUUUUGUUCUUAUAUUUACUGCUGACCCAGGUAUCUUUGGCCCAGUCACUUAACCUCUCUGUGCCUCAGUUUCCUCAUCUGCAAAAUGAGGUUCAAAUGCUUUUACAUAAAGGUUUUUUUUUUUUGAAAUUCUGGAACAAGAGGUGCUUAAAGUAGCACAAUGUGCUUUGUAAUUAUUCUGACUGCUGUGUUAUUUGACUUUCUUGUAUUGUUGAGAAAAAGAGUCCCCUGUGUAAUAAAAUAGUGCUUCCAUUUGGUUAAAUCUAAGCACUACAGCACUGAAGCUUUCCCAUCAAACUACCUGGGACAUUACUAGCAAUAAAGAUUGAGAGAUCCAGAGCCAGGAUCUCUAACAAGCUAAAGUAAAUCGAUCAUCUCAUGCUAUUGAGGAAGACAGAAGAAUGCGUCAUUUCAAUGAUAAGCAUCCCCUAGCUCUCCCUAUUACAUAUGCAUGCUGUGCUACAAAACUCCACUUUUCUCUUAGGAGAGCCAACCAUGAAAUUAAGGCUUUGAGUGAACUGAUAGCAUCACGUGAUUAGUCUGAUUAUCCAUUUCAUUUUGGAGGAAGCCCCAGUGAUAUGACCUACUGGGAAUAUACAAAAUAACUAUCCUUCUGCUGGAUUCUUUGUUCAACUGCGUAGGUUCCACAAUAAACAUGAAUAGUACAUUCAUUGUGCAGGCAAUGUGAAAGAGGGUGCCACUGCAGUCUGUGACCCCAUCCUUUCAAAUCUCAGAAUAUAUGGAAGGGGAUAAAUUAUUCUCGCAUCUCUUUGACUUUUCUCUUCCCUUGCUCUUCAUUGGCCAUUCCAGGGUCCAUCUGAGCAAAUUCCUACUCCAACUACUCCAUCAAACCUACUUUCCUUCUCUUCCUCUUUCUCUCCCCAUCAAGAAACUUGUAGGUUAAAUUUUAUAUCCAAGCACUGAUUAUGGUUUAAAUGAUUAAAAACAUUUGUAAAAAUAGUGUGGUUUAAUCAUAUACCUUAUCUGCUAUAAAUCUGAUUAUAUCAUACACACACAAAGUCAUACGAGAGCAAUGACAGCUAGGCAAACCAUCAGCAGCUUUAGAUGUGUUUAGGGCAAAUGCAAAAGGAGGAUUCUUUCUUUUUGCUUAAGAUCGAGGAGAUUAGCGAAUUUCUCUAGAUUCGAGGCUAAAGGGUGAUAUUUUUACCAAGUCUUACUAAUGACCCUCAAAAUUAAUAUAUCAUUUGAUAAGCCUAAAUAUUUUGAUAGAUUCCUCUCUUUGUUAUCCAUUUCCACAAUUACAAAAACAUUAGCAAAAUUGUAGAUGUAUGUUUCAGUCACUGAUGGAUCCAUGGGAGUGGAUCAUGUCUAAAGGAAAGCUUCCCUUGCAUAUGAUGUUCAGCAAUACUAAUAAUGAGUGUGUUGUUGAUAACGAAGAGAUUUACUGUGGCUCCACUUCUUACAGAGAGCACACGUUCCCACUCUGAUCUUUCAUCUCUGCGCCUUAACUAUCCUGAUACAUUUCUCUAAUGACUUAGUCGCAAUCAGAAUAACAUUCUUCAGGGUUCAUUUACUUAAUGUUUCUUAACAAAGUAUUUAUCUCUUGGAAAAUAAACGUAACUGAAAAUAUUGAAAAAUAGUUUGAAAUAAAAUGAAAGCCCCAAUUCAUCACAGUUAUUCAGGGCAGGAAAAUUUUCACGAGAAAGGAAAAACAUGGAAUACUAUAUUUGGCUAUACUACUAGAAAGCAUCUGUUACUAAAUCACUGUCUAACUGUGUUUUAACGCCACCCAAGUUUUAGGAAACGCUAGACCUAUGUCAUAUAAAUGAAAUUACUGCCAAUAGUGAGGUUUUAGGAGUGGAAGAAUAAAUUUUGCUUUGAUUUUUCUUACAUUCACAAAUAACUGCUCACAGCAGUGGUGUGGUUGUUCAGUAGGAUAGAGAUGAUGUAGAAGGCUCAUGGGUCAUCACUGGAGUAGAAAGGGGACAUUUGUUCUUCACUAGUAAUAGAAGAAAUAAAGUUUUGCCAAAUAAAUGCUGUAUUUUAUUUCAACUUACUUUGAUUGUUUUCAGUUUAAAAUAAAUCUCUGGCAAACUUGUUCCUUUUUGCCUGUUAUCAACUUUUUCUGUAAAUCCAUUGUGUAGUUCACAUCUUCAAUGUCUUCAAUGUAAUGCAUACGUUCAUUGUUUUAAAAUGAAACAUGUCUUUUUAACUUGCCUAGGUUUUCAUGGAAACUGUAAAGAUAAUGUUUAUGAGUUUUAUGUUGAUGUUUUAUUAACUGGAUCAUGUGUGUUAUGUUACAUCAAAAUAGAUGGAUAGCGUAGACAUUGUAUUUUUUAAAUACUGCAUUUUUUUGAUCUGUCAAAAAGUGGCACAGAAUAUAUAUAUUUAUCUACUAUAUUGAAAAAGUUCAACAUAACUUUUGCGGGAUCAAGAAUCAAAGGAAUCUUGGAUGACUGUUUAUGUCAUGAGUUAACGCUUCCAGGAUGGGCCCGAGGUCUUCCUUAAGUGGACCUCUACUUUCUAAAGGGAAAAAAGUAGGUCACAAGGUCCUGAGGGAUGAAAGCUUCAUUCUGUUCAACUGCCUUGUCAUUUCUAUGUAAUAAAUUAUCUUGAGACUGAAUUUCAAGCAUAUUGGCAAGAGGAUUCCAGACAUAAUAGAAGGUUGGAGCUGAUCCUCUGAUUCCAUUCCAGUACCGGGCAGGGCAGUUUUCACAUGCCUUUGCUGCUUUUAGUUUGGCAGCUUAGUUCUUCCUAAAUAAACGUUCUGUUCUUGAGAGUCCAAGUCCAAUGUUUAAUCAAAAUUACUAAAGAUAUACACCGAGAGGCAAUGUGGCAAAAAGGAAAGGGUUAUAAUUUGCCAUAUUCAACCUGGGGUCUCAAACUCAGAGGUACAGGUAGGUGAUUGGGUCAAGUUCCUCUUUCUGUCUUUGUAUUUUUGCACUGAGGUCUUGUGCCCAUGCUUAUAUCUCCAUCCUUGUUAUAUCAAAGUUUUGUAGGAUGGGAGUGGUGUAGACAAACAUCUCUCAGGCCAACUUUGCCUGCAAUCAAGACUCCACAAACUUGCUGCAGUGUGAAUGAUGCAAUUUCCCAAAAGCAGAUCCCCUGCAUCCAUUAAUAAUAGCAAUUACUUAUUUUGAUUGACAUCUCACGAAAUGUGCCUAUUCUCCCCCAUUCACCAUAGUAACUUCCUACAAUGAGGCAGAUUAAAAUCCAAACACUUUUAUAAAUAUGUGAUGUCCAUAUAGACACAUAUAUAUUCUGUACAUAGUAUGAUGGUGUGAGCGCUUACUAGAUGUGUACUUCUGUCCUAGGAUUGAGGACUUAAGGAAGGAGUUUUUCUGAUGCUGCUGAGUAACUCAUGCUUUUGUUCAGCAUCUGGUGUCUGUGCUCUUCGCCUCCCUGCCUGCCUCUCCCCCCUCCUCCCUCAACUUCUGUCCAUCACUACUGUUCCCUGUUGUUGACUGAGGCAAAGAACGACUCGUUGGCUUUCCAGUUAUUCGGGCCAAUAACCAGCCUUGUGAUGCCAACGGUUUUCUGGGAUGAGCUACAGGAAAUCCAGCACAAUCGACAGUAUUAAUAUCAGCCAGAAGUCCUAUAUUUUUAUCAGCUAAAAAUCCCAUUCUAAGAAGGGUUCAUGCAUGUUUUAACCUUCAAAAUCCAAUCCUGUGGGGACUCAAGUAUAGAGCCGAUGUGUCUGAAUACAUAAUCCCCCAGAUGUCUAUUGUAUUCGUGUGGUCAGGGGCCAAUUUCUCAGAGUUUUCAUCCAAUCAACUGCCUCCGUUGGGGUUCUUUCUCUCCGUCUCAUUAGCAUGACUCCAUAUAUUGCUUCAGUGCUUGUUUAUUAAAGGAAGAAAAAUACAAAGUGACUGAGUUUCGCCAGAAUGAUCCUCUGAAGUACACUGAAAUGUACAUGUACUGUAUGUAUUACCGUAGAGACUGGAAUCAACUUAUUGUAUGUAAAGUUUUAUGAAUGGUUAUUUUAUAAUUUAUGUAUUUAAUAUAGGAAUCAAUGAGCUCUGGUGUUUUAGUUUAUAUAAAAAUAAAAAGCUGCAUUUUUUAAAACU